ACUGUCCAUCUGUGCACACAGGAGAUUUUUUUUUUUCUGGCCUGGCUCUGAAAGCGUUAAUCCCGGAGCUUUUCCUACCGGUAUUCACCUCCCACCCCCACCCCUCCCUCCCCAAGGUUCCUAAAAAAGGUGCAAAGUUUGGUCCCGAUAGGGAAUGAAUGAUCAAAGCCCAGCGGGUACUUCCUGUUGCCACACUAUAUAUAACGCGGUGACUGCACGGGCUGCGGAGACGCACCGGAGCGCUCGACCGCUGCUGCUGCCUCCUCCUCCCAGCGCCUGAGGUUUCCCGGGACCACAAUGAACAAGGUGCUGUGCUGCGCGCUCGUGUUCCUGGACAUCUCCAUUAAAUGGACCACCCAGGAAACAUUUCCUCCGAAGUACCUUCAUCAUGACCCAGAAACCUCUCGCCAGCUGAUGUGUGACAAGUGUCCUCCUGGCACCUACUUAAAACAGCACUGCACGGCAAGGCGGAAGACCGUGUGUGCCCCUUGUCCUGACAACUACUACACAGACACCUGGCACAUCAGUGACGAGUGUCUGUACUGCACACCAGUGUGCAAGGAGCUGCAGUACAUCAAGCAGGAGUGCAACCGCACCCACAACCGCGUGUGUGAAUGUGAAGAAGGGCGCUACCUCGAGGUGGAGUUCUGCCUGAAGCACAGGAGCUGUCCCCCUGGGUUUGGGGUGCUGCACACUGGGACCCCGGAGCGAAACACAGUUUGCAAAAGAUGUCCAGAUGGCUUCUUCUCGAACGAGACGUCCUCAAAAGCACCCUGCAGAAAACACACAAACUGCAGUGCGUCCGGCCUCCUCCUGACUCAGAGAGGAAAUGCAACGCAUGACAAUGUGUGUUCUGGAAGCGGUGAACCGACUCACAUAUGUGGAAUAGAUGUCACCCUGUGCGAGGAGGCGUUCUUCAGGUUUGCUGUUCCCACCAAGUUCACCCCUGACUGGCUCAGCGUGCUGGCGGACAGUUUGCCUGGCACCAAAGUAAAUGCAGAGAGUGUAGAGAGGAUAAAAAGACGACACAGCUCCCAAGAACAGACUUUCCAGCUGCUGAAGCUAUGGAAGCAUCAAAACAAAGAACAAGAUAUGGUCAAGAAGAUCAUCCAAGAUAUCGACCUCUGCGAAAGCAACGUGCGGAGGCACAUGAGCCACGCAAACCUGACCUCCGAGCAGCUCCGCAGAUUGAUGGAGAGCUUGCCAGGGAAGAAAGUCUCGACAGAAGACAUUGAGAAAACAACGAAGGCGUGCCAGCCAAGUGAGCAGAUCCUGAAGCUGCUCAGCCUGUGGAGGAUCAAGAACGGCGACCAGGACACUCUGAAGGGCCUGAUACACGCCCUGAAGCACCUGAAAACGUACCACUUUCCCAAAACGGUCACUCAGAGUCUGAAAAAGACCAUCAGGUUCCUUCACGGCUUCACGAUGUACAGAUUGUAUCAGAAGCUAUUUUUAGAAAUGAUAGGGAACCAGGUCCAAUCAGUAAAAAUAAGCUGCUUAUAACCAGAAGUGGUCGUCCGGCUGUUUCCUCACCGUGGCCCAGAUCCGAUGGAUG